AUGCCAUUUCAGCUUGUGAUCGGGAAUCCCGGCAUCACCGUCAAUAUGGCCAUAGCUCAGAUGACGAUUUGAUUAAUUGAGAUUUGUUCUAUGUCGAUAUGGUCAGCGCCUCUGAUUAUGUCCAACGACCUUCGAAUCAUCGCUCCAGAAUUUCAAAGGAUUCUUCUCAAUCGCGAAGUGAUCGCUAUCAAUCAGGACCCCAUGGGCAGAAUGGGACGUCUUGUAGCCAAUAUCUCUGGUGUAGGCGCCUAUGUGAAACCGAUUGUCCCCGUCUAUGGAUCAGACACUUCUUUUGCUAUCGCCGUGCUGAACCGAAACAAUCGAGCAAACGAGGUUGAAUUUAAACUGAGAAAUCUUGGUUUGACAAAUGAUCGCGGUUACUUCCUGAAGGAUCUCUGGAGCAAUGCACCGAUGGUGAAAGCGAAUCCGGAUGAUACCGUUCGAUUCCAAGUGCCAGCCACAGGAGCAGUAAUGUAUCGAGCCGAAUUGAGGAAGCCAAAUCGUUGGCUAGAGACUAAUCGUUUCCUUGAAGUGCUCACGAACAGGGUACCAUCUGAUUUUUAA